UGCUUUCGUUUUCAUUCUCUCUUCAAUUUCUAAGAGAAAUUGAAUCGUCCUUCUCAGAAUUUAAGGCAACAAUGGUUGCUGGGAAAGUAAAAUCCGUAAUGGGGCUGCAGAAACCAGCAGCUCCUCCAGCUAAGCAAAGGCCCGACGCCGCCGCCGCCAAACCGCCGUGGUCAACCACCGCCAAGCCGCCGCAGAAGGGCUCCGCCGCCCCUUUCUCGCGCUACUUCCCGCGCGCAUCGGCUCAGGUCCAGCCCCGCCCUCCCGACGCCGCCGAGCUCCUCCGCCUCGUCGAGGAAUUGCGAGAGAGCGAGUCGCGGUUGAAGACCCAAAUUAGAGAGUCUGUGUCCAUCGUUCCCGUGUUGGAGAGCGUUAUUUCAAACAAGAAUUCCGAAAUUGGACGCUCCAGAAGGAAGAUCGAUUGCCUGGAAUCCGAAAACGAGAAGCUCAGGAGUGAGAAUGAGUUUCUGCAUAUGGAGCUGGCGAAGCAGAAUCGGCUGUACGAGGAGAAAAUCAGACACAUGCAGGCCGAGCUAGCUGACAUCAAGAUUGCCGUUUCCGAGAGAGAGAGUGAGUACGAGGAUGCGUCGUCUCCAUCGGCGGCGACGGCGAAGGUCAGCGAUCGUAAAUUUAAUAUACCCACCAAGUGUUUGAGAAAAUGCCCGACUCAAAUUAGUACCAAAAACGAAGCUGAAGCGAGGAAAGAUGAAGUCUUUACUGCUUCAACGGGCAUUUCCGAUGAAAUUCCAGAAACUUCCGAUGGGUUUCCGGGGAUAAGAUCCCGUGGCCCGCGCGUGCCUAAACCGCCUCCAAGGCCAUUUCAUUCAUCUUCUCCCAGAUGUUUACAAUCCGUGUCGUUGCCUUCUUACGGUUCCUUAACCGAUUCAGCGCAGCGCGCGUUAUCGGAGAUUCCAGCUCCUCCACCUCCACCACCACUGCCUCCGUCACGGCCAGAGAAAUCCUUAUCCGCAGCCCCACCACCUCCUCCUCCGCCUCCCCCAAAAUUGGGGUCGAAGCCGGCGCCGGCGAAGGUCAGGAGGGUUCCGGAGGUGGCUGAGUUUUACCACUCUCUAAUGCGGAGGGACUCAAUUUGUCGGAAGGAUUCCACCGGCGGCGGCGCGGGUGCUACGGCGAAGGACAUGAUUGGUGAAAUCGAGAACCGUUCCGCACAUUUACUCGCCAUUAAGACUGAUAUAGAGACUCAAGGGGAUUUCAUAAGGUUCUUGAUUAAAGAAGUUGAGGCUGCUGCAUUCACUGACAUUGAAGAUGUUGUGUCUUUUGUCAAAUGGCUUGAUGAUGAGUUGUCUUACCUGGUGGAUGAGCGGGCAGUGUUGAAACACUUUGAUUGGCCUGAAAAGAGAGCAGAUGCAUUGAGAGAAGCUGCAUUCGGUUACUCUGAUCUGAAGAAGCUGGAGUCAGAAGUCUCCUCCUUUCGCGAUGAUCCUAGGCAACCUUGCGCUCACGCUCUCAAGAAAAUACACUCUUUGUUUGAGAAAUUGGAACAUGCUGUGUAUAAAUUGUCGAGAUUGAGAGAGUCAGUGAAGGAGAGAUACAAAGGCUUCCAAAUUCCUGUUAACUGGAUGCUCGAUACCGGUUAUGUUAGUCUGAUCAAGCUGGCGUCUGUGAAACUAGCAGUCAAGUAUAUGAAGAGAGUGUCGGGGGAGCUUGAAAUGGUUGGUGGCAGCCCUGAAGAAGAAGAGCUCAUAGUUCAAGGUGUCAAGUUUGCUUUCCGAGUUCAUCAGUUUGCGGGUGGUUUUGAUGUGGAAACGAUGAAGGCAUUUGAGGAGCUGAGGGAUAAAGCUCGUCUGUGUAACGUGCAGUGCCAAACGCAGCAGCAGCAGCACAAGUAUGUUUCGAGGUCUUGUGCGUCUGCUGUUUAUCUGUAGGGAGUAGCAAAGUCUGCUGCAGAAGAUGAUAGCUGCUAUUUUUUGCUGUAAAAUAGGGUUUGAAGAUAGGGAAAGAAUGUGAAUAUGAUUGGCAGCUUCUACUGCAUUGGUUUUGAUGUCUAAGCGUCAACGAUUCAAAAUAUAACAACGAUUUGAAUGGAAUUUAGGUUGAAGAUGAAAUCAAUGAGAUUGCUUGUUAAGUUUUCA